AUGAACGGCCAUGCUACGCCUCCUUUGGACAUCUUAAUCACCAACAGCACCAAGGCAACCAGAGCCCACAAAACUGGGAAAGCCAUGCAGGGAGCUGGUACCGCCUCAGUGCCCCAGGCGGAGGCAGCUCCGCCCACUAAAACCAAGAGCAUUGCUGGGGUGUACGUGGAGACCUCUGGGCAGACCCUGAGUCUCUACGCAGCCAUGAAGCAGGGCCUGCUGCCCUCUGGCCUUGGGCUGGCUCUGCUGGAGGCCCAGGCAGCCACUGGAGGUCUGGUGGACCCAGCCCAAGGCCAGAUGCUCCCCGUUUCCGAGGCCCUGCGCCAAGGGCUGGUGGGUCUGGAGCUGAAGGAGAAGCUGCUGUCUGCUGAGCGUGCGGUCACUGGAUACCCAGACCCCUAUGGGGGUGGGAAGCUACCUCUCUUCCAGGCUAUCGGGAAGGAGGUCGUGGACAAAGUGCUGGGAAGGAGCUGGCUGGAGGCUCAGCUGGCCACUGGGGGCCUGGUGGACCCCGCCAGGGGCGUGCGCGUGGCCCCGGAGCCCGCCUGCCAGCAGGGCCUCCUAGACCGGGAGAUGUGGCACAGUCUGGAGGCACAGGAACCUGGGUUGGACACCGUGGGCUUCUGUGACCCCAACACGCUGGAGAAGCUGUCGUACCGGGCACUACUGGACAGAUGCGUGGAGGCCUCCAGCACGGGGCUGCCCCUGCUGUCCUUGAAGACCACUUUCCGUACCCUGUGCGGCGCCGUCAGCGUAGCUGAGCUACUGGAGGCAGGGAUCCUGGAUGAGGAGACAGCCUGCAGCCUGAGGGAGGGCCAGCUAGCUGUGCCAGAUGUGAGCGCCCGAGUGGACGUGAAGCGUUAUCUGGAGGGCACCGGUGGUGUGGCGGGCGUGGUCUUGCUGCCCACCGGCUGCAAGAAAAGCUUCAGCCAGGCCGCCACCCAACACCUGCUUCCUCUGGGUGCUGCGCUACCACUCCUGGAGGCCCAAGCCGCCACCCGCACCCUGGUGGACCUGGCCACUGGCCGGCAGAUGUGGGUGGAUGAGGCCGUCCGGGCUGGCCUGGUUGGACCCGAGCUCCAUGGUCAGCUACAGGUGGCAGAGCAGGCAGUGACGGGUUUCCCCGACCCCUUCAGUGGCUCGCGUGUCUCUGUGUUCCAGGCCAUGAAGAAGGGGCUGGUGGAUAAGCCACUGGCAUGGAGACUGCUGGAUGCCCAGCUGGCCACGGGGGGCCUGGUGUGCCCGGCCCGCAGGCUUAGGCUGCCCCUGGAGGCCGCUGUCCGCUUCGGCUGCCUGGACAAUGAGACUCAACAGUACCUGUCAGAGAAUGCCAGCUUCUCAGACCCCAGCACCCAGGACAGCGUCAGCUACGGGCAGCUGCUGGCCCGCUGUGUCACUGACCCGGAGACAGGCCUUGUUUUCCUGCCCCUCACAGGGGGCAGCAGUGCAAACGAGCCCCAGGGGUUGCAAUUUAUCGAGCACGGCACUCGGCAAGCCUUGAGCGCAGCCAUGACCACCCUCUCGGUGGGGACGUUCGAGGGCCGGCCUACAUCCCUCUGGGAACUGCUCUUCUCCGAGGCGGUCCCAGCGGAGCAGAGGGCUAUGCUGGCCCAGCAACACAAGCAGGGGGUCCUGUCAACGAAGGCGCUGGCAGCCCAGCUGAAGGCUGCUGUUGAGCAGGCUGCCGCCACAGCCAAAGUCACCUUCAAGGGACUGAGGGAGGCUGUGACACCCGCAGAGCUGUUAGAGUCGGAGAUCAUCGGCCGCGACGUGUACGAGCAGCUGGAACGCGGACAGGCCUCAGCGCAGGACGUGGGCCGCCUAGACUCCGUGCAGCGCUACCUGCUGGGCACCGGGAGCAUUGCAGGCCUGCUGAGGCCCGACUCCCAAGAACGGCUCAGCAUCUAUGAGGCCCGUAGCAAAGGGCUGCUGCGGCCCGGCACCGCCCUGGUGCUGCUGGAGGCCCAGGCCGCCACCGGCUUCAUCAUCGACCCGAAGGAGAACAAGAGGUACUCAGUGGAGGAGGCACUGAGGGCCGGUGUCAUUGGGCCCGACGUAUAUGCCAAGCUGCUGUCGGCCGAGCGCGCCGUCACCGGCUACACCAACCCCUACACGGGCGAGCAGAUCUCCCUGUUCCAGGCCAUGCAGAGGGAGCUCAUCGUGCGCGAUCACGGUGUGCGUCUGCUGGAGGCUCAGAUCGCCACGGGCGGCGUCAUCGACCCCGUGCACAGCCACCGCGUGCCCGUGGAGGUGGCCUACCAGCGCGGCUACUUCGACCGGGCACUAAACCUGAUCCUGUCAGACCCUAGCGAUGACACCAAGGGCUUCUUCGACCCCAACACGCACGAGAACCUCACCUACCUGCAGCUGCUGGAGCGCUGCGUGCACGACCCCGACACCGGCUUGCGUCUCCUGCCGCUCAGCAACGCUCAGCCCCAGCUGGUGGAUGGGGCCACACGGCAGGCCUUCCAGAGCCAGCUGCUGUCGGUGCAAUACGGCCGCUUCCGGGGCCAAGGGGUGUCCCUCUGGGAGCUUGUCAACUCAGAGUACAUCCGUGAGCAGCGGCGGCGGCAACUGCUCCAGCAAUUCCGACUGCGCAAAGUAACACUGGAGCAGGUGAAGUCCUUGAUACAGACAGAAUCAAGGCGGUGGGCAGACCUCACACUGCCCACGCUGCGUGGCUGUGUCCCUGCCCACGAGCUCCUGGAAGCCGGUGUCAUCGAUGAGACACUUCUGGACCAAGUACUGUUGGGGGCCCUGAGCCCCGAGGCGUUGUUCCAAGUCGAGGCUGUACACACGUGCCUUCAGGGCUCGGGCUCCCUGGGUGGCGUUCUGCUACAACCCUCCAACCAGCGCCUCAGUCUCUACCAGGCCAUGCAACAGAAGCUACUUGGCCCCGCUGUGGGGCUGGCCCUCCUGGAGGCCCAGGCGGCCACUGGGGCCCUGUUGGACCCCCACAGCCAAGAGGCCUUGACAGUGGAUGAGGCUGUGCGCCGGGGACUAGUAGGUCCCGAGCUGUAUGACCAGCUGCGACGGGCCGAGGAUGCUGUCACCGGCUUCAGAGACCCCUUCUCUGGGAAGAGAGUGUCCGUCUUCCAGGCCAUGAAGAAGGGCCUGGUCCCCACAGAACAGGCCACCCGCCUCCUGGAGGCUCAGAUGGCCACAGGAGGGGUUGUGGACCCUGCUGGCUGCCACCACCUCCCCAUGUCUGUGGCUGCUGAGCGUGGCUGCAUUGAUGGGGAGAUGGAGAAGACACUGAGCGGUGACCCCCAGACCUUCCCAAGUCCCGACGGCCGAGGUCACACCAGCUACACCCGGCUCCUUGAGCAGUGUCCCCGAGAUGAGGUCUCUGGCUUGUUGCUUCUACCACUGCCCGACAGUGCGCCCACAUUGCCCACUGACAAGCAGGUCCAGGAAGCCCUGCAGGCCGCAAGGGGAACUGAGGACAGUCCAUCCCUCUGGGACAUGCUUAGCUCCUGCCACUUCACUGAGGAGCAGCGUCAAGGCUUCCUGGAGGACUUCCGGGUGGGCCGGCGCUCCGAGCAGCAGCUGCGCACAGACCUACAGAACUGGGUACGAGGGGCGGAGCUGCGGGCACGUGCUCAGGUCUCGUUGCCUGGGCCUCGGGGCCAGGUUCCUGCCGUGUGGCUGCUGGACGCUGGCAUCAUCUCCCAGAAUACCCUGGAGGCGCUGGUCCAAGGCCAGCAGUCCCCUGAUGAGGUGGCUGCACAAGCUGAGGUGAGGGCCUACCUAUGGGGCACGGGCUGCGUGGCUGGUAUACUGCUGCAGCCCUCCAAGGCCAAGGCCAGUAUUGGCCGGGCCAUGCAGGAUGGCCUCCUGCCUGUGGGCCUAGGACAGAGGCUGCUGGAGGCCCAGGUGGCCUGUGGUACCCUGGUCAACCCUGUGAGCAACCAGCGGCUGUCAGUGGAGGAUGCGGUGAAGGCCGGCCUGGUGGGCGGCGACCUGAGUGAACAGCUCCGGAUGACAGAGAGGGCUGUGACCGGGUUCCCGGAGCCCUGCUCGGGCCGCACCCUUUCCUUGUGGCAGGCCAUGGAACAGGGGCUCCUGUCCCGGGCCGAGGGGCUCCCCCUGUUGCAAGCACAGCUGGCCACUGGAGGCGCUAUGGACCCUGUUUAUCAAGUGCACCUGCCUCUUCCUGCCGCCUGCAAGCUUGGGCUCCUGGACAAGGCCACGGGCCAGGCGCUGAGCUCAACCAACAAGGAUGUGAGGUUUUUCUUCGACCCCAGUGCCCGGGACAAGGUAACAUACCAGGAGCUCAGAGCACGGUGUGUCCAGGAUACUACCACCGGUCUGUGGCUACUGCCGCUCUCCCAGGACACGACUCUUGAUGUGGAUGAGCACACUGCAGUGGCACUGCGUGCUAUGAAGGUGCCUGUGGACACAGGCAGGUUCAAGGGGCAAGCCGUGUCUCUGUGGGACCUGCUGCGCUCCGAGUACGUUGGUGCCGAGCGACGGAGGGAGCUGGCGGCACUCUGCCGGUCUGGUCGGGCUGUGGCACUGCGUGAGGUGGUCGACGCUGUCACAGCACUUGUGAAGGCAGCAGAGACACAGCCCUCACAGCCUGCCUUCCAGGGGCUCCGGAAGCAGGUCUCAGCGAGUGACCUGUUUCGGUCCCAGCUGAUCGACAAAAAGACACUGGAUGAGCUGAGUCAAGGGAAGAGGACGGUAGAGGAGGUAACGCAGAUGGCCAGCGUUCAGCGUUUCCUGGAGGGAGGCAACUUCAUUGCUGGUGUACGCAUCCAGGCCACAGGGGAGAUCAUGAGCAUCUCCGAGGCCCUUCGACGGCGCAUCCUGCGACCCGGCACCGCUCUAGUGCUGCUGGAAGCCCAGGCUGCUAUGGGCUUCGUCAUUGAUCCUGUGGAGAACCGAAAGCUGACUGUGGAGCAGGCAUUCUUAGCAGGGAUGUUCAGCAAAGAAACCUAUGAGAAGCUGCUGUCGGCCGAGCGUGCCGUCACCGGCUACACUGACCCCUACACGGGUGAGCAGAUCUCCCUGUUCCAGGCCAUGCAGAAGGAGCUCAUCGUGCGCGAGCACGGCGUGCGUCUGCUGGAGGCCCAGAUCGCCACAGGUGGUGUCAUCGACCCUGUGCACAGUCACCGCGUGCCCGUGGAGGUGGCCUACCAGCGCGGCUACUUCGAUGAGGACAUGAACCGCAUUCUGGAGGACCCGGGCGACGACACCAAGGGCUUCUUCGACCCCAACACGCAUGAGAAUCUCACCUACCUGCAGCUGCUGGAGCGCUGCGUGCGCGACCCCGACACCGGGCUCUACAUGCUACAGAUCGUCGAGAAAGGAGAAACUUACAUGUACAUCGAUGAGGUCACCAGACAGCUUCUGAGAUCACAGACCACCAAGAUGCAUGUGGGGCGGUUUGCAGGACAGAUGAUGUCCCUUUGGGACAUAUUGUCAUCUGAGUACUUCACAGAGAAAAGGCGGCGAGAACUCGUCCAAGAAUACAAAAGUAAAAAGCUGUCCCUGGACAGAUUGGUGACGGUCAUCACCACAACAGUCGAAGAAACUGAAAAGCACAACCAAGGCAUCCAGGUGGCAGGGCCUCAAGGACCAGUAUCAGCUGCAGAACUGUUCAACUCAGGCAUCAUCGAUAAGAAAACACUAGACUCUCUGCAGAGGGACAAAGGUGACAAGCAGAGCCUCCAGGAGUUGGCACGUGUGACGAGCUUCCUAGAGGGCCAAGGUUGCAUCGCGGGAGUGACCAUGCCAUCCACCAAGGAGAUCAUGGGUAUCUAUGAGGCCAGCAAGAAGGAGCUUGUCCCCACAGGGAUCGCAGCACAACUGCUGGAGGCCCAGGCUGCCACGGGCUUCAUGUUGGACUUGCGUGGACACCAAAAGCUCCCUGUAGAAGAGGCAGUGGUGUCUGGCCUGGUGGGUGCUGAAUUACAGGAAAAACUUAUGAAAGCAGAGCAGGCGGCCAAAGGCUACAGAGACCCAGCCACAGGUGCCCGACUCUCGCUGUACCAGGCCAUGGAGCAGAAACUGAUUCCUCGGGAGGAUGCACUGAGGCUGCUGGAGGUACACGUAGCCACGGGUGGCAUCAUUGACCCUUCUCAUGGCCACCGUGUACCCUUGGACACAGCCUACAGACGUGGCCUCCUGCACCCAGAUAUUUAUGCACUUGUGUCAAACAAGAAACUCAUGAAGAAACGCUUUCAGGAUCCCAAGACAUUGGAGAGUGUCACCUACACGGAGCUGCAGGCUCGCUGUUCCACAGAGAAGGAGACAGGCUGGCCAUUGCUGCAAUUGUCCCAGCACAUGGAGGACUAUGGGUACAUAGAUGAGGACACCAGGAAAGCACUUGAGGCUGAGUGGGUGGACAUCACAGUGGGACAGUAUAAAGGUCAGAGAUUAUCAGUAUGGUACUUGUUAAACUCAGAAUACCUGACAGAAGAAAAGAAGCAAGAGUUGGUAGCAAAGUACAAAAAGGACACUACGCAUGCACUGGAAAAAGUGGUGAAGGCAAUCUUAGACCUAAUCAAAGAGAAAGAAGAGAAAAGCAAGGAACUGUGGUUCCAGGGUAUUCGAAGGCAAAUCAAAGCCUCUGAGCUGUAUUCCUCAGACAUAAUUACCAAAGAUACACUAGAGGCACUGGAGACAGGUCAGAGGACUGUGAAUGAAAUACAACACGAAGUCACAGUAAAGCGCUACCUGGAGGGCACCAGCUGCAUCGCGGGCGUGCUGGUGCCCAGCAGGGACGCCACCGGCCGCCAAGAGAAGAUGAGUAUCUACCAGGCCAUGUGGAAGGGCGUGCUGCGGCCCGGCACCGCCCUGGUACUACUGGAAGCCCAGGCCGCCACCGGCUUCGUCAUCGACCCCGUGGACAACCGGCGCCUGUCGGUGGAGGAGGCCGUGGCCGCGGGCGUGGUGGGCGGCGAGGUGCGGGAGAAGCUGCUGUCGGCCGAGCGCGCCGUCACCGGCUACACCGACCCCUACACGGGCGAGCAGAUCUCCCUGUUCCAGGCCAUGCAGAGGGAGCUCAUCGUGCGCGAGCACGGCGUGCGUCUGCUGGAGGCCCAGAUCGCCACGGGCGGCGUCAUCGACCCUGUGCACAGCCACCGCGUGCCCGUGGAGGUGGCCUACCAGCGCGGCUACUUCGACGAGGACAUGAACCGCGUGCUGGAGGACCCGGGUGACGACACCAAGGGCUUCUUCGACCCCAACACACACGAGAACCUCACCUACCUGCAGCUGUUGGAGCGCUGCGUGCCAGACCCGGACACCGGGCUCUUAUUUUUAUCUCUCUCGAAUGAAGAUUAA